CACUUGCAAUAAUCAGAAAAAUCAAAUCCCACUUCUCUCUCUCUUUCUUUUUGUUUAUUUUUUUUUUUAAAUUUUUCUGGGUGGGUCUGUUUCAGGUUCUGUCUUCCAAGCCUCAGCCUCCAGUCCCCAAACCCCAUCGUCCUUUGUAUCUCUUUCUUUCUUUUCUUACACCUCUCAUCAUGAAUGCUCUCGCUGCCACCAACCGCAACUUCCGCCACGCUGCCCGCAUUCUCGGUCUCGACUCCAAGCUCGAGAAGUCCCUCCUCAUCCCCUUCCGAGAGAUCAAGGUGGAGUGCACGAUCCCAAAGGACGAUGGGAGUCUGGUCUCUUACAUUGGCUUCAGGGUGCAGCACGACAAUGCCCGUGGCCCCAUGAAGGGAGGCAUCAGAUAUCAUCCCGAGGUUGAACCCGAUGAAGUUAACGCUCUUGCCCAGUUGAUGACAUGGAAGACUGCAGUGGCGGACAUUCCAUACGGUGGAGCAAAGGGUGGGAUUGGAUGCAAUCCCAGGGACUUGAGUCAGAGUGAGCUGGAGCGUCUGACUCGUGUCUUCACUCAGAAGAUCCACGAUCUCAUUGGGACCCAUACUGAUGUUCCCGCCCCUGAUAUGGGCACUAAUGCCCAGACUAUGGCAUGGAUUCUGGAUGAGUACUCAAAAUUUCACGGUCACUCGCCUGCAGUUGUGACAGGGAAACCAAUAGAUCUUGGCGGUUCAUUGGGCAGAGAGGCUGCAACGGGGCGUGGUGUUGUGUUCGCGACCGGAGCUUUACUUGCUGAACACGGGAAAUCAAUCAAAGGCAUGACUUUUGCUAUUCAAGGAUUCGGAAAUGUGGGGGCAUGGGCUGCGAAACUCAUUCACGAGAGAGGUGGUAAGGUUAUUGCAGUGAGUGACAUUACUGGUGCAAUUAGGAACAUGAAUGGCAUCAAUAUCGAAGAGUUGCUCAAGCACAAAGAAAGCACAGGGAGUUUGAAAAACUUUGAGGGUGCUGAUAAGAUGGAUCCAAACGAGGUGCUUGUACAUGAAUGUGAUGUCCUCAUCCCAUGUGCCUUAGGCGGAGUUCUUAAUAGGGAUAAUGCAGCAGAUGUUAAGGCUAAGUUCAUAAUUGAGGCUGCAAACCAUCCUACUGAUCCAGAAGCUGAUGAGAUACUAUCCAAGAAAGGAGUUGUAAUUCUCCCUGAUAUUUAUGCAAAUGCUGGGGGUGUCACUGUGAGCUACUUCGAGUGGGUCCAGAACAUUCAAGGAUUCAUGUGGGAUGAGGACAAGGUGAACAAUGAGCUUCAGAGGUACAUGACGCGAGCUUUCCACAAUAUCAAGGGCAUGUGCCAGACCCACGAUUGCAAUCUCCGGAUGGGAGCCUUCACUCUUGCGGUCAACCGUGUUGCUCGUGCCACCCUGUUGAGGGGUUGGGAAGCCUGACCCUGACGGAUACAUUUUUGCCUUUCCAAGCGUGUCGCUUGGAAUCCUGUGUCUUUUCAACUUUUUGCUACAGUUUUUCAUACUUGAAAAUUUCAAUACAUUGUCCCCACAGCUAGAACACAGCCCCAAUUCUUGCCUGCCACUGAAAGCCCGUUUGUGUUGUUCAAUGCUCAGCGGCAUUUGGUAUCGGCAAGUCAUUUGUAUUGAUUCGUGGAUUCAAAUGUAAUUGAAUUUAUGAAAUUGUUAUAUAAUCUUUCCAUGCAUC